UCGGAGUGGUGGUGUGUAUAAAUGGGAGUGUAAUCCAACGUAGUAUUAUCAAACUCUCUCUUUGUCUUGCAAUGGAAACCUUCCACUUGAUUCCCGGUCUCCCCGACGAACUCGGUCUCGACUGCAUCACUCGUUUGCCUUACACCACUCACCGCCUCGCCUCCGCCGUCUGCCGCCGUUGGCGUCAACUCAUCUCCAGCUCGCAUUUCUAUUACCACCGCCGAAACUCCGGCGCCACCCGUCUUCUCUCCUGCUUCGUUCAGACUCUUCCCCCAACCUAUUCCACCACCGGAUGGAAGCUCUGCACCUCCCUCGCUUAUGGACUCACCCUUUUCGACCCACUCACUCAAUCCUGGGAACGAAUCCCUCCAAUUCCCCACUACCCAGAUGGCCUCCCUUUGUUCUGCCACAUAGCCAGCACGGAAGGCAAAUUGGUGCUCAUGGGCGGCUGGGACCCAGAGACCUACGAUCCCAUUGUUGAUGUUUUCGUUUACGAUUUCACCAGAUGUGGCUGGAGGAAGGGGAAAGAUAUGCCUUCUAACCGCUCCUUUUUUGCAAUAGGGGCUUCCGAUGGACGAAUCUACGUCGCCGGUGGCCACGACGAGAGCAAGAACGCCUUGAAAUCGGCCUGGGUUUACGAUCUGAGAAGCGACGAGUGGACCGAGUUGCCCCAAAUGAGUCAGGGGAGGGACGAGUGCGAAGGGCUGAUGGCCGGCGGCGAGUUCUGGGUGAUUAGCGGCUACGACACAGAGCGGCAGGGAAUGUUCGACGCCAGCGCCGAAGUGUACGACCUCGAUUCCGGCGAGUGGCGCGUUGUGGAUCGGGCAUGGGAGACGGGGAGGUGCCCGCGGGCAUGCGUCGGAAUGGACAAAGAGGGAAGACUGACGAACUGGUCGGAAUGGGAGGCUGCGUUCCAAGUCGGAACCUGCGGGGUGGUGAUCGGAUCCCAAACUGUGGUGACGGGGUCGGAGUACCAAGGGGCGGCGCAGAAUUUCUAUGUGAUGGAAAGGGAGGAAGGGGAAAAUAGUAAAAUGACCAAAAUUAAUGUUCCAGAAGAGUACAGUGGGUACGUUCAAUCGGGAUGCUGCGCAGAGGUGUGAUUUGUGGAAAAUAUCCAAUGUGGGGGGUAUUAUUGUAAUUUUCCCUUAAGUUUGACAGCCACCGACUAUGUACAUGAAAAAUUCCAAACAGCUACCGAGUGGCUGGCAUUUGCAGUAAUAUGGUCUCAUCCACAUGGUCGCAUAUGCGCUCCAUUUCCACCCAGACUUCCCAUUCACUCUAUCCUCAGCUGCUGCAAUUAAGAUAACAUACUGUGUCGGUUUCAACGCUGUUCCAGCCGCCAUGAGCUCACGCCAAACCCCUCUGCAGGGUCUGAUGUUUGGGCCAUGUUCAAUUUCACAGCUUCAUCUACGUUUAUUUACACUCUUUACACUCCAUCUUCACCCUCUGAACCAUCCAUGUUCAUUUGCAGUAGUUUUCAAGGAGUGGCUUUUGAUCAGCCAGGCUUCUUAAGAAUUUAUGAUAUCAAACUGAGAAGAGAGGAGCUGACCAAUGAA